AUGUCUGCCUCACAAAAUGCCGAAGGUGAUCCACGCCUCGUCGUCCUCGAGCCAGAGGACGACCCGCAGAACAUGUCCUCGUUCAGACGGUGGCUCGCGGUCCUGAUCAUCAGUUCCGCCUCUCUAUGCGUGACAUGUGCUUCUUCGAUUGCGAAACAGGGUUCCGCUCAAACAUUCAAUGUCUCACAUGAAGUGACUAUUCUCGGACUUAGCCUAUUUGUGGUAGGUCUCGGAUCUGGACCGCUCCUCGUUGGCCCAUUAUCCGAAGUGUAUGGUACAAAUGUCGUAUACCAAAUAUCUUAUGUGUUAUUCUUUAUCUUCACAUUCCCCGUGGUGUUCGCUCCCAAUAUCGGUGUUUUCUUGGUCUUUCGCCUUAUCACUGGAUUCUGCGGAUCAGCCUUUUUGAGUGUAGCUGGAGGUAGUGUAAGCGAUAUGUUUCCGAAUUCGAGUAUUGCAAGUCCGAUGGCUGUGUAUACCAUAUCUCCAUUUAUUGGACCAGUGGCUGGCCCCUUGAUUGCUGGAUUCAUCAAUCAACACCUAUACUGGGAAUGGACGUAUCGAGUGCAGUUGUGCUGGAUUUUCGUAGAGUUUCUGAUGUUGGUUCUAUUUGUUCCUGAGACGUACGUCCCAGUGAUCCUAAAGAAGAAGGCAAUAAGAUCGCGGGAGUCGACUGGAGACCCAAAGCUUUAUGCUCCUUUAGAUAGACGGGAAGGCACUCUUACUUCUGCUAUCCUCGUCAGUUGCUACAAACCGUUUCAAUUACUUCUAUUCGACCGAAUGGCACUACUUUUAGAUUCCUGGAAUGCCCUUAUUCUUGGAAUCCUAUACCUGGCAUUCCAAGCAUUCCCCAUUAUUUUCGAAGAUACUCAUGGAUUUAAUACGCAAAACACUGGACUAGCAUUCAUUGGGAUUGGACUCGGGAUGCUUUCGGCCAUUUCCACACAACCGCUUUGGAACAGGGAGUACGACGGUGAUCCACCUCCUGAGAUGAGGCUUAUUAUGGGUCAAGUAGGAGGGAUACUCGUGCCAGUGGGUUUAUUCUGGCUCGCGUUCACUACAUAUCCGCAAGUCCACUGGAUUGCCCCAAUCAUCGCGUCUGUGCCUUUCGGCUCUGGGAUAUAUUUCGUUUUCACAUCAACGUUCACGUACCUUGUCACCGCAUACCGCCCAAUCGCUGCCUCUGCCAUGGCAAGUAAUAGUGCAUUGCGGUCAGCAUUUGCCGCUGCGUUUCCACUAUUCGCGGGAGCAAUGUAUGAUAGACUGGGGACUGUUGGCGCUACCGCUCUUCUGGCCAGCCUCUCAACGAUCAUGGCGCCAUUACCUUUCAUAUUUUACCGAAUUGGCGCGCGAUUGCGGAAGAACUCGCGUUUCGCAGCGCAUUAA